AUGGCAACUUCGAUUAAUUUGGUAGAAGAAGAAAUUACACCUAUCAAUGAAGAUUUUUCCGAAUUAUUAACGUGUACUAUUUGUGAAGAAACAUUUAAACAGCCGAAGUAUUUGCCGUGCCUACACACGUUUUGUGAGAGCUGUAUAAGUACGUAUAUUGUUUCUACCGUGAAGGAACAAAACCAAGAGGGAUUCAAAUGCCCAAUAUGUCAUCGCCUUGUACAUAUUGGAGACAGUACUGAGAAUCCUGAGACAUGGGCUAAAAAUUUGCCAGGAAAUCAUUUUGUCGUUUCGAUGAUCGAUAGAAAAGCAAUGAAGAAAGCUGAGAAAUUUUGCGAUGCUUGUACCAGUAAAGGUGUUUCCGAAGAAGAAGCAACAUCAUGGUGUAUGGGUUGUGAAGAAGCAUAUUGCGAUACGUGUGAAACAAAUCAUAAAACUUUUAAAGUGUCUCGAAAUCAUAAGAUAGUACCGAUUGAAAACAUAAUUGAAGAUGUGUCUUGUUCAAAUGUGUGUGCGUUUGUUGCUUGUGAUGAACAUCCAGACAAGACAAUCGAAAUAUACUGCAAAGAUCACUCCCAGUCAUGUUGUACCGUUUGUGCCACUAUUCACCAUAGGAAAUGUGAACACGUGGUUACCAUAGAUACAGCUGUUUCCGGUGUGAAGCUAUCUACACAUGCGCAGGAACUUACCAAAAAGUUAGUAAAAAGAAGUAAAACAAUAGAAGAUAUUAUUAAAAAUCGAAAUCAGAAUACAACACAUUUCAAAAAUGAAAUAGAUAUCGUCUUGGUAGAAAUUGCAAACAUGCGUAAAAGAUUAAAUGACAAAUUGGAUAAAAUGGAAAAUGAAAUAAGAGAAGAGGUAAAUAGUACAAGACAACAACAUCUUCACAGACUAAGUGAAGAUUCUACUGAACUAUCGGUUUUGAAGAAUACUUUUGAUCAUUGGAAGAAUAUAUUUGAAGCGUGUUUGUCACAAGGGUCUGAUAUACAAUGCUUGGUCAAAAUGGAGGAGAUUUCCAGGAGAAUGCCACAGUUUGAAAAUGAUUUGUUUAAAGUUGUAAAAGAAAUUAAGGACUUAUCGGUAGAAUUCGAAGCUACAAACACUGUUUCAAAUAUUGAAUGCCUCGGUCGCCUACAUUUAAACGAAACAAGACCGUCUCUUCCUGGAUUUAAGGCUAUAAACUUUCAUACUGGACAGAUAAAAGUAAUAUUUACAAUUGACAUUAAAGGUAGUUGCAUCAGUGGUAUAUUCUUUAACGACGAUAUCAUUAUAACCGACUAUAAUCGAAACAGGAUAGUUUGUCAUGACAUAACCGGGAAGCUAAAAGAAGUAUUGGACAUUCCGACCGAUCCUACAGAUAUCUGUAAAGUGAACGAUCGGACUGUAGCCGUGUCUUCUUAUGCACGGAAGAUUUGUAUAGUUAACGUAAAACCGUUAACUUUGGUAAAGACUUUAGAUAUUAAUGCUCCUGUGUGGGGAUUAUGUUUGGUAGAAGAUGAAUUCAUAACUACUUACGAUAAUUCUAUUUCAUGGUUAACCGCUGCAACAGGUGCUAAAAUAAAAGAAUUACCAACAAGCGCAGACACACGAUUUGUCACUUGUUACAAGAAAAAUGAGUACAUUUAUAGAAAUGUAGACCACUCUAUUAAAUUUGAGUCAGCGUUGGGUAAAGGUUUUGAGUAUAAACACAGUAAUUUAUCAGAUCCGUACAAUCAGGAAAUUGAUGAAGAAGGGAAUAUGUACGUUGUAGGAUACUCCUCAAACAACAUUCAUCAGCUGACCCCUACUGGACAACUCAUCCGUAUUAUACCAGUAUCAGAUAUCGAUAGUACAAUAACUGGAUGUCCUUGGGUGAUGCGCUUCAAGCGAAAUACUAACCGAUUUCUCUUAACAUUUCAUGCAUCGGCAGGUCCAGUGCUAGUAUGUGAAAUUGAAUAAGCUACAUUUAUCAU